CCCCAAAUGUUCCCCCUAAAGAUUGUUUAAUUAUUUUGUGAACCCUGGUACCCAUUUCUCGAGCGAAGAAUAACAAGUAAAGGCCAUAUGAGUUUAUUCAAGCCUUCAUUCGUCACUCUCAACCUCAUUUUUCUUCUUGACUAUGUCCAGGCGAAGGCGGAUUUUCCAACUCCUCUGAGUGAAGCCCAUCCGGAGCUGAAGGCAGAUAAUGGUGUGACCUUCGACCCGUUAGGUGUAGCGGCAGUUUUGUACAAUGAACGUGCCGACAGAAGUGCAGCGAGGCUAUAUACCCAGUAUGAUCGGGAAAUCUUUAUAUGGCCGCAUAUGACCAUGAUCGGGGGCACUCUGCCCCCAAUGCAGAUGCUUGUUGAGCGCUUGACAGCACCCUUCAAGUGGAUCCACCCCGCCAUCAAGAUGUGUGCCAAGGAUACAACAAUGCUCUCGAUUAGAUCAAACAUUUCCGGCAACGUUUUCCGACAGCUACCCUAUAAUCUGAGCAACACCUGGCUCAGUGAUAUCGUUUCCUUUGAGCCUUCAAAACAUCCGGGUAACGACUUUGCGAUCGUGUACGUCGACAGAGUUCACCGAAAGCCUAAAGACGAUAAAGCCGAUGGCAGUGAAAGUGAUGACCACGAAGAGGAAAUUCUUAUUCAGUCAGAAAUUGGAAACCUUCGGUGGCAGGCUGGAAGAUGGACUUUGAACGUGCUCUGCAUCAUCAACGGGGCGAUGGUUUUGACGGGGAUGGUGUUUGGCAUUCUGCUAGCAGACUUAUGGGCCUUCACCCUGUUCCUCCUCUACAGCUUCCACUGGGGUGCCUCAGUGGCCAUUUCUCUCAAGAAAAUGGUCACCAUCCAUACGCCUUCAAAAAUCGACCCAGAGGCUAGUGAUCGGUUCGCCGUCUAUGAGCGUGAAGAAGGUGGAACCGUCAUUUUCAAAGGUCCCCAAAGAACCUUGGAGACUUGGGCACGAUCAACCUGGGAGUACAAGCCUGAAUGGACCAAAGACAGCCUACACUGGUUGUGGGUUAUCACCGGAUCACUUUGUGGCGUCGCAUCCGUUGCAUGUAUGGUCAAUAUGCAUGGCAAAAUGCAGCUCGGCUUUCUGGGCGUCUUGGUCUACGCGUCAGUAGCAGAGAUUGGGGCGACGCGAAUCGCACGCAUCCUUCAAACCAAAGCUCAGGGCCCGAUCUCCAAAGAUGCCGUUCGUGGAAAUGCGACUCGUUCGCUGGCCAUUAUUCGGGCGACCCUCGCAGUCAACCCUCGUUGUCGGUUGACGGGUCUCGAUUGGAUCUCAAUGGGGCUACUUCCGGAUAUGCUGGUGUUCGAGGAAAUGCAAUUGCUUUUAGCAGACAUCAGCCAAAUUUUGGGAGAUUACAAAGAGAUACCCCGGCCGUUCCCCGCAGAAGACAGUCGCAGCUCGGCCAUCAAAGUCAGGUGCACAAUGUUCGUUGACAAUAUCAAGGCCAAGGAUCCUGGUCGGAAAGACUUGGCCCAGAGAAUAAGAAAAGAGGUUUACACGACAUUGAAUCUGAGCCAAGAAGAUAUUUUGGAGCCCAAAGGAUGAAGAUGGUCAUGACUUUUAACUUCUUUGGGCUCUCUAUCUUUUCUAGGAAGGGGGCCCUUGCACGGAUGUCAGCCAUGUAUGUUUCACUAUAUUUUCGUUUGAAAGACUGUGGCAGUCGGGAGAAGAUGAGGCAGACCAAUGGAGGUAUAUCAAGAUUUUUCGCGGUCUAUAGGACACCUAUACCCAAUCAAAAGCCGAUAUUCGGAUUACUCAGAAUAGUAACUAGUUAGUAGCAUCUUAGGAAUCACGCAAUCAUUAU